AAAAUGUUUCUGUGGAUUUUACAGAUUUUACUUUGGAGCCCUGAAGGCACCUGUGGAAAUGGUGUGAUGUUCACGAAGCACCCUCUGAAUCAGACGGUUUCUCAGGGAAACGCAGCGCGGCUCGGCUGUGCCGUUCAGGGUCUGACGGAGCCGGACAUCGUCUGGAUGAAGGACGGAGAGAAGCUGUACAGCACCGACCAGAUGUUCAUCACUCUGGGAGAGCAGCACUGGGAGACCUACCACAGUGUGAAGUCCGUGCAGCAGCAGGACGCGGGUCAGUACUGGUGUGAAGUCGAGUUCAACGACCAGACGUUCUCCUCUGAACGAGCCUGGAUCACAGUGGAAGGCGUCCCUCACUUCGUCCAGGAGCCGCAGGACGUGGCGACGUUCCCAAACGUUCCCUUCAACCUCACCUGUGACGCUGUCGGCCCCCCCGAGCCAGUGGAGGUGUUGUGGUCGCUGGGGGGAGUCCAGGCGGGGGAGCCGGGACCCUCACCCUCUGUCCUCCACGUCAAUGGAAUGAACAUCAGUGUGAAGUUUUACUGUGAGGCGAAGAACACCAGAGGAAUCUCCGUCUCCAGAACUGGAACCGUUCACAUUAAAGUGUUGCCGGCGGCACCCUCUGGACUGCAGGUCCUCACGAUGGAUGACAACAACGUCACGUUAGCAUGGAAACCGGGAUUCACAGGGCACUCUGAGCUGACAACCUGCGUUGUCCAGCUGUCGAGGCGCUCAGUGCGGAGGUGGGAUCUCCCUCAGCAGGAGGUCCGGGUUCCUCCUCACCUCCACGUCCUCUCCGGUCUGAGGAGUCACCAGAACUACAGCGCCAGGGUCUCCUGCGUCAACGAGGUCGGGGCGUCGCCUUUCUGCUCCUGGAUGCACUUCCAGACCCCGGAGUCAGUGCCGUCGGCGGCCCCCAGGAACCUGACGUUUGAUCUGUCGGAGCAGCAGCUGGCUCUCAGCUGGGCAGCGCUGCAGGAGGACGAGCUGCAGGGGAAACUGAUCGCCUACAAGCUACAGUGGACACGAGGAGGAGAGCCACAGGAGCCUCUGCUGUUUAAGGAGAACUCGGCUCAGCUGUCCGGUGGAGGUCGCUUCUUCAACGCCUCCUUCCAGGUGUCGGCCUGCACCGCGGUGGGCUGCGGCCCCUGGAGCCCCCCGGUGCUGGUGCUGCCCGCCUCAGUGCGGGUGGUGGCCCAGCGGAGCCACAUGUGGGUGGGACUGCUGCUCGGCUUGCUGGUGGCCACCGUCAUCGGGCUGCUGCUCACCGUCGUCGCUCACCGCCGCGAGAAAGAGACCCAGUUCGGGUCGGCCUUCAAGCCUCCGGGUCCGGAGAGCACUGUCUCCUUCACCGCGGCUCGCUCCUUCAACAGGAACUGUGCAGAGCUGCAGGACUCAACAUUGGACAGUCUGGGUAUAAACGAUGACCUGAAGAACAAACUACAGGACGUCCUGAUCCCAGAGAGGCUGCUCACACUGGGACACAUGCUGGGCAAAGGUGAGUUCGGCUCGGUGCGUCAGGCCUUCCUGAAGUCUGAGGACUCGUCCGUCCUGAAGGUGGCGGUCAAAGUGCUGAAAUCUGACAUCACUUCAUCAUGUGACAUCGAGCAGUGUCUGAAGGAGGCGGCCUACAUGAAGGACUUCCACCACCCCAAUGUCAUCCAGCUCAUCGGAGUGAGUCUGCACCGGCGUCACGGCCAGCGGCUGCCGAUCCCGAUGGUGGUUCUUCCCUUCAUGAAGCACGGGGACCUGCACACCUUCCUGCUGCUGUCCCGCCUCGGGGAACACCCUUUCGAUUUGACCCUCCAGACGUUGUUGAAGUUCAUGUUGGACAUCGCUCAGGGGAUGGAGUACCUGAGCAGCCGGAGCAUCAUCCACAGAGACCUGGCCGCCAGAAACUGCAUGCUGAAUGAGAACAUGACGGUGUGUGUGGCAGACUUCGGCCUCUCCAAGAAGAUCUACAGUGGAGAUUAUUACAGGCAGGGCUCAGUCUCUAAACUCCCCGUGAAGUGGAUCGCUCUGGAGAGCCUCGCAGACAACGUGUACACAACGCAGAGCGACGUGUGGGCGUUUGGCGUGACGAUGUGGGAGAUCAUGACUAAAGGUCAGACCCCGUACCCCGGCGUGGAGAACUCUGAGAUCUACGAGUAUCUGAUCAAAGGAGAGCGACUGAAGAAACCUCCGGAGUGCAGAGACGACAUUUAUGAGAUCAUGCACAGCUGCUGGAGUCCGGUCCCUAAAUGUCGGCCCAGCUUCCAGCACCUUGUGGGUCAGGUGGAGGCUCUGUGGGCCAGCCUCUCACCCACUCCCCCGCUGAAGGAGCCUCUGCUCUACGUCAACCUGGAGGGGGAGGACGGGGAGCCAGGAGGAGGAUGUGGGGCCGACGGAGGGGGCGGUGUUCGGGCCCUGGGGCCGGAGGAGGCGAUGGAGGCGGGGGCUCCGAACUGGAGCAUCCCAUGGCAGCGGCAGGCGGAGGACAAGGAGAAAGACUGGCUGAUGGUGGGGUCAGGGGCCGCCCUCGCCAUCGGGGGGGACUACAGGUACAUCAUCGGCCCCUGUGGAGCCCCCGAUGAAGAGGAGGGGGAAGGAUCCGGAAACAGGGGGGAGUCGAUGGACACGUUACAGGAGGAGGUCAGAGACGAUGAGGACGACGCCGUCAUUAACGUCUGACCAAUCACAGCGCUCCUCUGAUUGGACCUGGUUUAGUAAUCAGAGAGGGACGCUAGAUUUAUGGCGCUGAGCAGCAGCAGGCGGGUGGAGACGGGAUGGAUUCUCUCUGCUGAAGGUACAGCGCUGCAGUCCGACACACAAUCAGUACCUCCAAUACUCACUGAUCCUCUGCACUGCUGGGACUUACAGCAGGGGAAGGUGGAUUCAGACUCAAAACAAGGAUUUAAAUCCCCCCACCAGCAGUCAAUAAUAACACCAGUGUAAUUAAUGUUAUGUUACUAAGUUUGAGAACAGCAACAGUUUUUAUGUAUUUCAUUUAGGUCAGUGCCUCUAACAACUGCUCGGUCUAAACGAACAUGAAAAGUUAGAUAAAGAUAGCUCAACUUAAAUCAGUACCAGCAGUUAGUAAUAAUAUCAGGUCAUCUUAUCAGUAUCCAUAAAACCAUGUUUAAUUUAUUCUGUUUAAUGUGAGUUUCUGUGCCUUAGCUUUUACUGUAUUACUGCACAAUGUACCUAGCUUGCAGAGGAAACGGUUCCUUCAAAAUAAGAGCUCUUUUCUGUAAAUGUAAAACGACUCAGUGCCCCUGUAGCUACUUAUGGUACCAAAGCACUUUCCCUACGACUUCUAAACAAACAAGAUUUACUGAACAGUUUUUGGUCCAACAGUAAAUGAUUCAUUGAUAAUUAACUGUGACCCUAAAAUAAGGCAGUUUCACAUUAAAAACACAGGAAAGAUAUUUAGUUUCCACCUUAUGUUUUUACUUUAUUAGGAAUUGCCCCAGGAGCCGACCAACACUGGAUUUGGUCGUUAUUAUAGACUUAUUUUAUAUCGCCUGGCCGUAAAGAAAAAGCUGAAUACCGUGCCUCCAGGGUUAAAAGAAAUAGCAUUUCAGGAUUAUGAUCCAUAAUAUUUAUAAUAUUCCGGAUGUGCUACGCUGUGAAAAUCAGGUCUGCUCUAACAGCAUGUCUGUUACAUUCCUCUGUUCUACAUGUUUUAUAUCAUGAGCCCAUUAUCAACCACUGGGGAGGAUUAGGGACACGCCAUUUGUUUUGAUUAUUGUUGGAGAUCAGUCUAAAAACAGAUCUGAUUUUUUUGUCAGAAUUCUGUUUUUUUUAUUAUGAUUUAAUUUUUCUUCUUACUUUUUAUGGAAUUCAGAUUUUUUUUUCAAAGUAUUAGUUUUGGGGGAAUUCCGACUUAGAAAACUUAGAACUCCAAAAAAAAUUACCUUUUCGUCAAAUAGAAGAAAAGCAUGGCCCUGAUCCUGCUCCCCUCUGAACUCUGUUGUGCUGGUACACAUGGAGCUCCAGUUCAAAAGCCUUAAAUGUACUUGAGCGCCUUAAGAGAAACUACUGUAGGUCGUUAUAUAUUCACCAAAAUAUCAAAGUAUUGAUUUAAAUGCAAUUAUUUUUCCGUAUCAACAUCUGAGCGGUGAACGUUUGACACUGACGGAGACUAAACCGACCUCACUUUGUAUGAAUUAAACGAUAAUUAUCUCAUCAGAAUGAAAAGGUUCUCAGAUAACUGCUCUGUCUAUAACACAUUUGUUUUCUCAUUGAGUCCACACGCUUCGACAGCCAGUAAGUAUAACUCAAACCCAUGUGAACAGACUUUUGUGUAGCGCGUAAAUCUAGUUUCAUUUGCGCGAGGAGUUGAAGGGAUCGUUGAUCUAUUCACCGACAGACACUGGACAAUAUUUAGGUUUAACUCAACUUUAUUUUGUCUUUCUGAUCGGCGUCUCGACGUGUACAUGAAAAGAGUAGAAAAGUCAGUCUCGAUGGUAUCUAAAGCAACUUGUCACUCAACUAAAAAUAUGAAUCUGCGUAUAUUUGGAUAUGGAUUUUGCUCAGAUAUUCGAAUGAGGUGCUUUUCAGUGCCUUGCUAAAUCAGGUCAGACAUCUGAAGACUCAUUAAAAUGUUGGAUUUCCUUUUUCUGUUUAAAGGAAGUAUUUGUCGUUUCAAUAUUUAGAGCAGAAACAUUUAGUUUGAAUGAUGUCAUUUUGUUAUUGUCAAAACGGCAAUGGUUUCAGACUCCUUUUUGGUUUGAAUGUGAAAAAACGCAGUCAUUUUGUCGCCAAUGGUACACAACUUGACAUGUUUAGGUAUUUAAAUUGUUGGCAACAAACACAAGAACUUAGAGAUACUUUAAUGUAUCAGUGCUGCAACCAUUAUUUGAUUACGAUGAAUAAAUAAUCAGUUAAUUAUUUGAUGCAACUUGUAAAAAUGUGGGCUGAAAUGUGAUUUUUCAAAAAAAUGAUUUAUCGAACUUUGAAAUAAUCGUUGCAGCACUUAUUAAAUUUAGAAAGCUGUUACUUUUAGGGCAUUUUGUAUUUAAGUUUCUACUGUGCAUUUCACCUGAUAAAUGUGUGUUUAAUACAUACACAGUGAACAGAGUGGGAGGAUCGGGGGGCCAUUAGGGGGCCCACAGCACCGAUGGGGCCCCUGCAGUGUGUUGAUCCGGCCCUGGCUGCUGCUGUUGUAAAUAAAGUUGUGCAUAUUUGAAUCCUGCUGCUCUAAAAUGACUCACUUGGACAUUUCCAGACACUUUAACAUUGAAAUAAAGCUGUUAUUGUUUUUAAUUACUUAAAGCAUGUCAUGGGAACAAUGUACAAACAGAUCGCUUAACCAUAGGUUGUAUAUACCAUGAAGAUGUGAUUAUGUAUGUAGAAAUCUGGACGUAAUGUUGGUUUUGUAGCCGGUCUCUGACUGUAAAACAGUUUAUCUUAAGCCCUGAUAAUUAAAUAGAACUGUACCUUGACUUGUCUGUCUGCACCACUGAUGUCGGGAUAUCAAGGGACCGUAUGUUUUAAUGUAGCUGACGUUUUGUAUGUUGAUAUAGAGGUCACACACUGAAGCUGAUGUCCUCACCUGUCUGUCUACCACUGACUUCAGAUCUGUACAGAGAUUAUUUGUGAGACUCGUGACGAAUGAAUAAAGUGUUAUUUGUGUCA